GCCAUCAAGGGCAUGCAUAUCCGAAAAGCCACCAAGCAUGUGAAACAUGUCACUUUGCAGAAGCAAUGUGUGCCAUUCCCACACUACAAUGGUGGGGUUGGUAGGUGUGCCCAGGCCAAACAGUGGGGCUGGACACAGGGUCGGUGGCCCAAGAAGAGUGUUGAAUUUCUACUGCACAUGCUUAAAAAGGCAGAGACUAAUGCUGAACUUAAGGGUUUAGAUGUAGAUUGUCUGGUCAUUGAGCACAUCCAGGUGAACAGAGCCCCCAAGAUGUGGCAAAGAACUUACAGGGCUCAUGGUCAGACUGACCCAUACCUGAGCUCUCCCUGCCACAUUGAGAUGAGCCCCACGGAAAAAGAGCAGACUGCUCCUACACCAGGAGAGGAAGUUGCACAGAAGAAAAAGAUAUCCCAGAAGAAACAGAAGAAACAAAAACUUAUGGCCCGGGAGUAAAUUCUGCACAAAGCACAGGCAAAUAAAAGUCAAGU